AUGGACCUAUCGAGUUUCGUCCAAAUCAACGCGAUUCGAACUCCGAAAUUCGAUGAAUUUACGUAUUUGAUGGGGAAAUGUUAUUGUAGCAGUGAUAAGGAGCAGAUAAACGCGGCUGCCAAAGCGUUAUGUUGGUUUACGUACAGGACUAACUUUCCGGCUAUUGGUAAGGGGACUUAUAUUAUAUUUUUUUGGGUGGUUUAUAUUAUACAUGAACAGCACUGUACAAGGCCGAGUUCAGUUUUUAUGCCCAGUCCUUUUUAAUUUUGGUUGGUUUACUGAUAAUUCCUGUUAUAGGUGGCGACGGCCCAACUACAGACAAAGGCUGGGGUUGCAUGCUCCGAUGUGGCCAAAUGCUAAUGGCCGAAGCCCUCAAAACCGUUCACCUUGGCCGCGGUUGGGAAUGGACCGAAAAAUCGCCGGAGGAAAAUUAUCGUCGUUUGAUACGAAUGUUCCAGGACAAACGCACCUCACUGUUCUCACUACAACAAAUUGCUCAAAUGGGUGUAAGCGAGGGCAAACGAAUGUGCGAAUGGUUCGGCCCAAAUACGAUCGCACAGUGCUUGAAGAAGUUGGCCAUCUACGACGAUUGGUCACAAAUUGCGGUACAUGUAGCCAUGGAUAACUUACUGAUUGCUAGUGAUGUGAGCACGUUGGCUAAGACGCCGUGGAGGGAUGUGGUAGGUUUUGGGUUGAAGGGUGAAUAAUAUAGGGUUGUGGCUUAUAAAGUUGGUAUAACAUAGGUUCUUGUCUAAAAAAUGGCGGAUAACAUAGAUUUUUGGCUUGAAAAGAAUAGGUAACGAUGGAAAAAAGAAAAAAUAUUAUUUUAGAGGGAUGUAUGGGCACUUUUAUACUUUUAAAAUCAUAGAACACUAGUCACUAAAGCUUUUACUAUAGUAAAACGUGAUUAUAUACCACCUACUGUACUAAAACAUGAUUCUAACGCACCUUUCACAUCCAGACAGCCCCAGACGAUGAAAAACGUCAAAAACUGACCAGCUCCAACGAUGAAAGAGAACAAAGACCGGUCCUAAUCCUAGUACCUCUUCGUCUAGGCCUAACAACAAUUAACCGCGCUUACCUCCCAUCGCUUCAAGCCUUCUUCAAGCUACCACAAUGUUGUGGAAUUGUGGGUGGACGACCGAAUCAUGCCGUCUUUUUCAUUGGAUUCAGUGGAGAAGAACUAUAUUACUUGGAUCCACACACAGCUCAAACUACAGUAGAUUUGGACAAGAAGAAGGAGACUAGUCCGAGCUUCGAGGAUGUGAGGCCAGAAAGCCCGAAUUUCGAAGUUUUGAGGCCAGAGGAGGGUAAGAUAAUAUAAACUUUAAAGCCGGGGAAGGAUAAGAUAAAAUGACUUUAAAGCUGGAGCAGGAUAAGAUAACAUGGUAAAACUUAGUCUAUAGUUUGAUCUAUGUUAUUAUAAAUAAAAAAUGAUCUUUUGUUAACAUAACAAUACUUUUAUUUAGCAAAUUCAAGCGACGAAGAACCAGAAGUCUUGGCUACACAAGCAGACAUUGAAGACUUGGAAAUAGAAGAAGAUAACUCAAAUGGUUCGACUAGUCAUAAGGAGAACACGGAUGUACAUAAUGUAAAAAAUGACAUAUCAGACGAUGUUAAGGAUAUAUCGGAUGAAUUUAAGGACGCAUACGAGGACUUUAAAGAUGUGUCGAGUGAUUAUAAAGAUGCAUCUGAUGAGGUUAGUGAUGAUAAGGAACGACAAGGGCUUGAGAAGGCGAAUGGGGCUGAAGUUGUGGAAGAUGAAGUGGUGGAUGUAAAUAAGAAGAAUUGUCAAGAUGAGGUGGUAGUAGAUGUAAAUAACAAGGAUAAUGAAGCAGGAUAUGGGAAUAACAAAGGUGGUGAAGAUGUAAAUAAAAAUGAAGAUAAAGAUGAUAAAGAAGAGAUAAAUACUGAUGAAAAUAAAGAAGAUUCACAUCAAAAUGAUGUUGUUAUGGCUGAAAAUCAUUUAAAUUAUGGUGAAAAAGAGAUAAAAUCAGUCAAAACAAAUGUUAAAGAUGAUGAUAAUGAACUAAACGUAGCUAAAUCAAGUGAUAAAGAUGCUGAAAAUGAACUAAAAUCAGAUGGAAAGGGCGAUAAAACAAAGAAAGGUGACUUAGAAGAUACUAAAGAGGAUUCAGAAGGUUUCAAAGGUAAUCAGAAAGCAAACAAACAAGGUUUAAAAGGCAAUAGAGAAGCUUUAGGAGGCAAAGAAGCUAUAGAAGAAGAUAAGAGGAUAGAUUCACAAAAAGCUACAUCAAAGCCAGUCCAAAAUGAACAAGAAUCAAAGCCGGAAUCAAGUUCUCCAAAGCCAAUACCUGAUGACUUUGAUGAUUCAACCUUUCAUUGCAAUGACUUGUUGUACAUGCAUUUUGAUUCACUAGACCCAUCAUUGGCUUUGGGCUUCAUUUGUACUUGUGCCGAGGAUUUUAAUGAAAUGAUCAAGAGCAUUAAGGUAGGUGAAGAUUGGGUUGUUGGGUGGGGAAGAUAACAGAAGGUUAAUAGGAGGAAUAUCUUCUUCAUAGCAUAAUAUGGAGACUAGUUUGGACUAUUCUUUUCUAAGUAGAUGUAAUGUACAAAACUCAUUCAGGAAACCGUCCUACCCGCUUCAAACCCACCGAUUUUCGAAGUUUUGGACGAACGACCAGCCGGCUGGCCCAAAUUCGUGCCUUAUCAAGGAACAAGCGACCCCAUCCCAGUGGUCGAUUACGAAGACUUUGCGGAUCCAGGCUUCGACAGCGAUGACAAUUUCGAAGUUUUGUCAUUGGAUUCAUAA